AUCCUUUUAAAUGUUGCCUGGGCGGAGUACUUUGAUUAAAAGUGAGGUUUGGCAGCAAGUAAGCUAUUUGGAGCAAGUUAGGACCUAGCUCUGCUACUACUGGUGUGCUUCGUUUGCUUUAACUAAGCAUUUUACUUGUUUUGACAAUUAUGGCCGUGGAUUAUAACGGUACAUGGAACAUGAUUAAAUCUGAAAAUUUAGACAGUUAUAUGAAAACACUCGGUAUUGAUUUUGCCACUCGUAAGAUUGCCAACUUACUGAAGCCUCAAAAAGUAAUCCAACAGAAUGGAAAUCAUUUUACAAUCCAAACAUUAAGUACUUUCCGAAAUUACAAUGUUGAAUUCACUGUGGGGGAGGAGUUUGAGGAAGAUACAAAGGGACUAGAUAAUAGAAAAUGUCAGGUAAGUAUCAAGUCUUAA